AUGGACAACGAACUCGACAAUCUGAUCUCAUUGCUGCAGAAAUCAAAAGCCUCCCUCAAAGAAAAGCAUGGUGAUCGCAUUCGUAGUAUUUUCGCCGCUCAUCACAGCGGAUCGAUUCUUCCAAAAGAGGACAAAAGCCUCUACGACAAAUGUCUAGCAACAGUAGACUUGCUGGAUGAAGUGCAGCAGAUGCUGACGCCACCUCUACACACGCUCAUUGAUGGGUUCUUUGGCUUCAUAAACAGCAAAACACUACUCUGCGCCGUAGAAUUCGGCAUACCCGAUGCCCUCUCACAAGGUCCAAAAUCAAUCGAGCAACUCGCCUCAUCCUCGCCGCAAGGCGAGCUCUCCCCCCACCGUCUCACACAAGUCCUACGCACCCUGACCGGCAUCGGAAUCUUCAACUACGACAAAACCAGCAAGCUGUACAGCAACAACGCAACCUCUGACCUCAUCACCACAGCCCACUGGUCCAAAUGGGUCUACUGGACAAAAUUCUACCCCACAGAGUUCUACGACAUGAUGCGCUUUCUGCCCGACCACAUCAAGGCAAACGCAUCGCGAACGGCCGCACAGUCAAAUUACAACACCGACAUGGAAUUCUACGAGUACCUGAGCAACAGCGGUCUGGCCAAGGAAUUCCAUCGCGUCUUGGGCGCCGGUGCAACCGCGCAGCUACCCGGCAUGAUUUCCGAUUUCCCCUGGGAUACCCUCGGGGACGAAACAGUGCUCGAUCUGGGCACGGGGAGUGGGGAGUUCCUCUUCCAGCUGCUUGAAAACUAUCCGAGGAUGCGGGGCGCGUUCAUGGACAUUCCGAGCACGAUUUCGAGGAUACAGGCAGAGUGCGAGCAACCCGGGGGACGGUUUAGUGGUGUCAGAGAUCGGGUUGCUGGAUUUCAUGCGGGGAAUUUUCUGGACGAGGUGCCGGCUUCGGUGGUGUAUACUAUAAAGUGGUGCUUGCAUAAUUGGUCCGAUGAGGAUACGAUUAAGAUUCUGCAGAAUAUCCGAAGGGCGAUUGUGGUCAAGCCCGAGGCUCGGCUGCUCAUUAUUGAAUCAGUGUUGGAGGAUGGGCGGACGGGAAGACCAGCCCGGUAUGGAGAUAUAAUCAUGAUGGCGACCUGCAACGGUAAAGAACGGGAUAUUGAGAAUUGGCAGGCUGUAUGUGAACAAAGUGGUUGGGAGGUUGUCAAGAGCUGGGCCCUUCGCAACAGCAUUCCGAGCUGCUUGGAACUCCGACCUAUAUAG